CAAUCAGCGAAAGCGUCACAUACGGUUCUUCCGCAAUGUAGCCAACAUGUGUGAAUGAAUGCUUGCGCUUUGCAGGAAUGAAGCCCAGCGGAUAAAAAGCGUAUCCCGACUGUUUCGCUGUCUGUGUCCAGACAAUUUAGAGAAUUUGAACUGUGAAGUGCAACUAAAGGACACACAAAGAAGCUAUGGCGGCGUCCAAUAAGAAAGGGAUGAAUCUGCGAGAAGACCUCACUUGUGCCAUAUGCUGCGACCUCUUCAGAGACCCAGUGAUGCUCGGUUGUAUGCACCACUUCUGCAAGCGUUGCAUCUCAACCUACUGGAAAAGUAUCCGGGGGGGACCUGUUCCAUGUCCACAGUGUCGCCAGGAGUUCCCCAGUCGACAGUUUCAAACCAACUAUUUAGUGGCUGGCCUUGUGGAUAAAGUACGGGCCAGCUCUAACGACGGUUACGUGAAGAAUGUUGAGAAACAACUGAAAGAGACUCUUGAUUCCCACCGCUCAAAAAGGGAGGAGUACAUCAACAUGAUCCGCAAAGACAAAGAGCAGGUUGACACGCUAAAGAAAGUGGGCUCUGAGCUUCAGGAGCGCAUCCAGGCCGACUUCCAGGCUCUGCACGGCUUCCUGCUGGAGGAGGAGGCCUCCCUGCUGGAGCAGCUGCGCCGCGAGCAGGAGGAGUGGGAGCAGGCGCUGCAGCGCCACCUGGAGGCGGUCAAGGGAGCCCUCAGGGACGCAGAGCAGACCGUGGGCGCCCUGCAGCAGGCCAUGGACACCCGAGACCACAGCGUACUUGUAGAGCUCCCAGAUUUGAAUAGCAGAUCAUCUGCACAAGUCACUAAAGGGCCAGAUUUCGACAGUAAUGUUUUCAGCAGCAAAUAUGCGGCUCCGAUACAGUACACCACCUGGAGGAAGAUGUUCCAGGUCCUGAAGCCAGGCCCGGCCCCGGUGACCUUUGACGAGGACACAGCCCACCCCAGCCUCCUCCUGUCGCGGGACAAGACCUCCGUGGUGGAGCUGGAGGAGAUUCAGCCGUACCCGCUCCACCCAAAGCGCUUUGUCCAGUGCGUCAACGUGCUGGGCGCCCAAGGCUUCUCGUCGGGUCGCCACUACUGGGAGGUGGCAGUGGGCACCAAGCCCAAGUGGGACCUGGGAGUGGCGCUGGAGAGCGUCGACCGGCGGGCGCGGGUCAAGCUGUGCCCGGAGAACGGCUACUGGACACUGCGGCUGCGCGGCGGCAACCAGUACUCGGCCGGCACGCAGCCGUGGACGCCGCUGCGGCUGGUGGAUCGGCCCCGGCGCGUCGGCGUGCUCCUGGACUGCGACGAGCGGCGAGUGGCCUUCUAUGACGCUGCCGACAUGACCUUGCUGCACGCAUUCGGCGAUGGGCCCCGGGGGAAGGCACUGGCGUUCGUGAGCACGUGCGUGACCGAGCCGGGCCAGCGGCCUCAGCCCAUGCGCUUCGUCCAUCUCCCCGUGGAGUUCCUGUGAGGAGUGUCCGUAGCAUGCCUUCAGAGGGGAAGCAUUUCAGCCCUUUGGACUAUACUGUUCCUAUUACUGUAUACAAUUCCUAUACUGUAAAAGUAUUAAUACUGUAGUUUCUGCAUUGAAUUAAGUUGGAGUGGAUCAUGGUCUGGUGCCUUGGAUGUCAUGUGAGAGAAAGAGCAUGUUUGGAGAAUCUGUUUGUGUGUGUGUGUGUGUGUGUGUGUGUGUGUGUGUGUGUGUGUGUGUGUGUGUGUGUGUGUGUGUGUGUGUGUGUGUGUGUGUGUGUGGGGAAUGGGGAAGUGUCGUUGGUGCCAAAGCAUUUGCGUUGACAAUGUCUCAUUGCAACACAUCAAAGAUUUAUUGUUGUGUGAGUUUUUUUUUUUUUCUUUCUGUUCUCUGUUCAUAUCUGUCAUAUGCAGUCUGAUUGGUAUGCUGUAUUGACAUGGCUAUUGAGCACUUCUGAAUUCAACAAAUCACUUUAUUUAGCAUGAAGUCACAGGAUAGAAAUGGAUUGAUGCCAAGUGUUCACUUCUGAUGAGCUGUACAAGUUGUGAUUAAUACACUAGCACAGAUUUGUAUUUUUUUUUUGUCUAACUAGUAGUGCCUCUUUUCAUUUAGUUUGAAACCAACACUUCCAAUAAAGCCAAAUCAGUUCACAUUCA